GAGGACGGGCAGAGCAGUGCAGGCAUUGUGGCCCACAGGUGUCAACAAAGCCAGGCACAGAGAGUCCGCGGGAGAAGUGGAGAAAGAGAGGGAGGGAGGGCACGGGACACAGCCUUAUUGCGUCUGACAAAAGGGCAAAAAAGCAAAGUCUAACACGGCCGUCGUCGUGGUCGUCUCUGUCGCUACUCAACGCGUAGUUUCACUUCCAGUCUUGCGAUGAGGCCCGUGUGGAGCCCCGCGCUCGCCCUGCUGGCCAUGCUGCUGGUGGGGGCGGUUUGGGGCGCGGACCAGAGGAACGAACCGCAGGACCCCCAGGACGAGCACAACGGCCCACCCGAACACUCUGAGCAGCCCGAGGAGGCCGGGCACGGGGACCCCCAGGAGGGCAACAGCUCCCACGGGCACGGGACCAUCACCACCCUCCCCAUCGUCACCUGGAAGUGGCACCAUGUCGAGACGCCCUACAUCGUGGCCCUCUGGAUCUUCGUCUGCUGGAUAUGCAAACUGGUGUUUGAGCUGAACCACAAGCUGACCAGCGUCAUCCCGGAGAGCGCUCUCCUCAUCCUCAUCGGCUUCGUCCUCGGGGGGAUAAUCUGGGGCGCGGACAAGGUCCAAACCUUCACCCUCACCCCCGAAGUCUUCUUCUUCUACCUGCUGCCUCAGAUCAUCCUGGACGCCGGCUACUUCAUGCCAAACAAGCUGUUCUUCAGCAACAUGGGAGCCAUCCUGACCUUCGCCAUUAUCGGCACCUGCUGGAACGCAGCCACCGUUGGCCUGUCGCUGUGGGGCGUGUACUUGGGCGGAGCCAUGGGAGAUCUGGAGAUUGGUCUGCUGCAGUUCCUGCUCUUUGGGAGUCUAAUUGCAGCAGUGGACCCUGUGGCAGUGCUUGCUAUUUUUGAAGAAGUUCAUGUGAAUGAAGUUCUCUUCAUCCUGGUUUUUGGGGAAUCCCUCCUCAACGAUGGUGUGACAGUGGUGCUGUACAAUGUCUUUGAUGCUUUUGUGACUUUAGGAGGGGAGCAAAUCGAUGCUGUGGAAAUAAUCAAAGGCAUAGUGUCGUUCUUUGUGGUAGCGUUUGGCGGGGCCUUGGUCGGAGUUGUCUUCGCCAUGCUGCUCUCCCUCUUGACCAGGUGCACGAAGAAUAUCCAAAUCGUCGAACCCGGGUUCAUCUUUGUCCUCUCCUAUCUCUCCUACCUCACAGCGGAGAUGCUGUCUCUGUCUGCUAUCCUGGCGAUCACCUUCUGUGGCAUUUGCUGUCAGAAAUAUGUCAAUGCAAACAUGGACGAGAGAUCGGUGACCACGGUGAGAUACACCAUGAAGCUGAUGGCCAAUGGAUCAGAGACCAUCAUCUUUGUCUUCCUGGGAAUCUCUGCCAUCGAUCCCAACAUAUGGGUGUGGAAUACUGCCUUCAUUCUUCUGACCAUCCUGUUCGUCUUAGUGUACAGGUUCAUAGGAGUGUUUGCCCUUACCUGGAUUCUGAACCGGUACAGACUUGUUCCUCUGGAGGUCAUCGACCAGGUGGUCAUGAGCUACGGUGGCCUGCGGGGGGCAGUGGCGUACGGGCUGGUCGCACUGCUGGACGGGAAUAAGAUCAAGGAGAAGAACCUCAUGGUUAGCACAACUCUGAUCGUGGUGUACUUCACUGUCGUCCUACAGGGUGUAACCAUGAAGCCUUUGGUGAAGUGGCUGAAAGUGAAACGGGCGGCUGAAAAAGAGCCUCAACUGAUUGAGAAGCUUCAGAACAGGGCAUUUGACCACAUCCUCAUAGCAAUCGAGGACAUAUCAGGACAAAUAGGACACAACUACAUGAGAGACAAGUGGAACCACUUUGAGGAGCGGUGGUUAUCUGCCUUCUUGAUGAAACCAAAAGUUCGCAAGUCACGGGAUCACCUAUUCAAUGUAUUUCACCAGCUGAACCUGAAAGAUGCUGUGAGCUACGUCAAGGAGGGUGAACGCAGAGGAUCUCUGGCCUUCGUGAGGUCAGACACCGAAGCUAACGUGAACUUCAAGAAGAUAUUUGGCGCCAAUAUUUCAGAUAUGAUGCCAGAAGGAAUGUGUCACAUAUCAGACACGGAUUCAGAUCACUCGCCAGUGUCUUCUCUUCCACGGGACAGUGUGCCGUCUGUGUGUCUGGACAUGCAUGAGAUGGACAUGAGGAGGCAGAGCAUGAGGGAGCCAGAGGACGUCAACACGCACCGCCUGCUCCAACAGCACCUCUACAAGGCCAGGAAACAGCAUAGACACAGGUACAGCCGGAGCCACAUCAGUGUCAACAAGGACGAGGACGAGGUCCAGGAGAUCUUCCAGAGGACGAUGAGGAGCCGUCUGGAGUCCUUCAAAUCCGCCAAAAUGGGCGUCACCCACAAUAAGAUCAAGCACCCCAAGAGGGAUCAGACACAAAAGAUGCCAAAUGGAAAAUCAGUCAGUAAAAGUAAAGGUCAUCCCUUCAUGGAUGAAGAUUUUGAAUUCUCGGAUACUGAUGGCGCCCAUGUGGGCGAUAAUGCGGAUCAUACGGCAUCAAGAAGGGGAAUGCCCAUGACCGUGUCAUAUAUGGCUGGAGGGGGCAUUGAGAACCCAGCCUUCAUGCCGGACGCUGACCCUCAGUCGCCCCCCUGGGAGACCCCCCCCUGGCUGGCCACGGCGCAGACGGAGAACGUGGUCGCGCCCUCCCAGAGGGCCCAGGUGCGCCUGCCCUGGUCGCCUAGCAACCUCCGUCGCCUAGCGCCUCUCCGCAUCAGCACGCGCUCCACGGAUUCCUUCCUCCUGGCUGACGCGCCGUCCACAGACGAACCCCCGCCUCCGUCCCCCUCCCCGUCAGACGGGUCCCCGAUGUAGCCCUCGCCCCCCUGCCACGCUCCACCUGUACGUUUCUCAAAGAUAAAACUCAUACAAGAUAAUGCACAAGCCUUCAACCAAAUGCAUACAUACAAAGCAAACUGCCCUGAUGUAAAAUCCAGCUAGGCCCGUUUGACCAGUUCAGCUGGUCAAACUGGCCAUGAAAUGGUCAAGAUGAGUAUGAGCUGGUCAACCAGCAUGACCAAGCUGGUCAUAAAGCUGGUCUAGCUGGGUAUGAGCUGGUCAAACAUCUAGUGCUAAUAACUUGUCUGUUUCAAAGCAUAACCUGAGCUGGUCAAACCAUGUCAAGCUCGGAGCUGGUCAACCAGCUACCAGCUGUUUCAAAACCCAGCUUGAGCAGUUUUUUUGAGCAAGGUGAUGUACACCCUAAACUUUCUUGUGUUGUUUAUUUAAGACACAGCAAAUGGCCUGACCAUAUCCCAACACCUCCGGAGAGUAAACGGGUAUUACAGUGUAAACUAAAGGAAUAUAUAUUAUGUAUCCAAAUAAAAGAAUUAUAUGCAUAUAAAUGGAGAGACUGAUAGAUUUAUUUAGCAAAUUGUUCACUUGUGUAAUUGUUUGAGAGUUUAUUGUAUAUUAGACAAAUCUGUACCAAUGAUUUUGAGUUUCUUGCCUCUUGAUCUGCACAUAAGGCCCUGCACUGUCAAGCAUCUUUAUCAGAAAUUAUUCAUUCCUAUCCAAUUGUUACAAAUAUAUGUUUUUAUUAAAGAGACAAUUAUGUGAAAUUCUUUUUGAAGCUCUAGACCUCCGGUCCUCACUCCUGGUACUGGAGAGCCGCAGGGUGUGCUGGCUUUUGUUUUCACCUUAAUAUCAAGAGUUAAA